GACUGGGUCGGUUCCUCCCUCUUCAGGAGCUACAUUUUCCUGCCUGGAUGUCGGAUUACCAUCGCAGUUCAACCGCAACAGAUGUCUGAGAGCUAGCCAGCUGAGUAGAGGACUCACCUCUCUGCCCGUGCUUUCCACCUGCAGCCAUGAAUGGCGGAGCCAGAGUGUGGGCUAUCGCUCCAGAGGAGAGGGGGAAACACGACAAGCAGUUUGACAGCCUCUCCCCCGUCCUCGGCUAUGUCUCAGGAGAACAAGCCAGGAAAUUCUUCCUCCAGUCCGGCCUGCCUCCUUCUGUCCUGGCUGAGAUCUGGAACCUAGCUGACAUGGAGGGUGAUGGGAAGAUGGACAGACAGGAGUUUUCCAUCGCUAUGAAGCUCAUUAAACUCAAGCUUCAGGGGCGGAACUUACCAUCUGGCCUGCCAACCACCAUGAAGCAACCUCCCGUCUCCAAAUCGGCUUCAACCAUGCCUUCAUCAGCACGUUUUGGAAUGGGUUCUAUGCCAAACCUGUCCAUCGGUCUGUCAUCCAUGUCAGCUCGGUCCUCCAUGCCCAUCCUAACACCCAUUGCGACUAACCACUCCAUGCACUCGGUGCAUACCCUCGUGCCAACGCCAAUGACUCUGCCCCUCAUCAACUGCCUGGUCUACCCUGGACUCCCCAACGGCAAUGUCAACCUCCUCACCCCACCUCUUGUCCCCAACAGUUCAGCGCUCCCUCUCUCUGGCUUUUCCUCUCCGACGGCGUUCUCUCCGUCCACCGGCAUGUCCAACGCCAACUCUCUUCUGGACCUCGGAUCCAGCAGUUCAAACUCUUCCUCCACCACGUCGUUGGCCAGUAACUCUCCGAAGAUGGGUGCGACCGAUUGGUCCGUCCCGCAGGGCUCGAGGCUCAAGUACCGUCAGCAGUUCAACACGCUGGACAAGCUCAUGAGCGGCUACUUGUCCGGACCUCAGGUUAGAAAUGCGCUGAUUGCGUCCAACCUGACCCAGACUCAGCUCGCCACCAUCUGGAACUUAGCGGACGUGAACAAGGACGGUCAGCUGCAAGCGGAUGAGUUCAUUCUGGCCAUGCACCUCGUGGACAUGGCCAAAACUGGCCGACCGCUCCCCCUCACACUGCCUCAAGACCUGGUGCCUCCCUCUUUCAGAGGAGGAAUCGAGCCCAGUGAGCUUGUGAAUGGAACGGGGCCCUACAUCACUCCCUGUCUGAUAGAAACACUCGAGACUGAACCUGGGCAAAAGAGCAAGAGCAGUGUGUCCUUUGAGGACAAGCUGAAGGCGAACUUUGCGCGAGGCAGCGCCGAGCUGGAGAAGCGUCGUCUGGCUCUGGAGGAAGGGCGGAGGAAGGAGAGGGAGAGGAGAGACAGGGAGGCGAGGGAGGCUCACGAAAAGAGGGAGAGGGAGACCAGGGAGCAGGAAAACCGCAGGAGGCUGGCGGAGGAGAGGCGUUUGGAGAGUCACCGAGAAAUGGAGAGACAGAGGGAGGAGGAGAGGCUGAGGGAGCUGGAGAGGAAGGAGGCGGCGAAGCAGGAGAUGGAGCGCCAGCACCGGGAGGAGUGGGAGCGAGCGAAGAGAGAGGAGCUGGGCAGGAGGAGAGGGGGGGAGCAGGAGGAGAUCUCUCGACUCAGGGCCAAAAAGAAGAGUCUGGAGUUGGAGCUGGAGGAUGUGGGAAACAAGCACAAGCAGAUCUCGGACCGCCUCCGGGACGCUCAGAGCAAGAGGCGGGUUCUGAAGGCGGAGGUGGACCUCGUCAAUCAGAAGAGGGACUCGCGCAUCAAUGAGAUCAACUCACUGCAGCUUCAGUUUGAGGAGCAGCAGAGGAAGCUCUCCCAGCUGGUCCCAGAACAGCAAAGAUUGACAGAAAAGCUAAGAAACCUCAACAAAACCCCCUCGACAACUCUGACCUCGCUGACCGGGACCGUGACGGAGAAAGGGGGGAAUUGCCGGCGGCUGAAGGACCAGCUCGACACUCUGGAGAGGGAGACCACCGACAAACUGUCCCAGAUGGAGCAGUACAACAAGGAGCUGAAGGAGCUGAGGGAGAAGCAGGCGAGGCAGCAGGCUGUCCUCGUCGACCUGCACAGAGUCAAAGAAGAGAAACUGAGGGAGCUGCAGAGGCGCAGGGACGAGGAGACGGAGAGGAAGAGGAGGGAGGAAGAAGAGGCGGCCAGACAGGCAAAGCUAGAUCAAGAGAGAAGGGAGCGGCAGGAGAAGGAGGAAGAGGAGGCGCACCAACGGAGGCUCCUGGAGGAGCAGAGGGCCAGACAGAGGGAGGAGGAGGAGGAGAGGGAGGCACAGGCUUGCCUCCAAGCGGCCCAGGAGAAAGCCCAGGAAGAGGAGAGACGGAGGAGGGAGGAGGAGGAGGAGGAGGAGAAGGAGAAGAGGAAGCGGGAGGAGGAGGAGAAGGAGAAGAGGAAGCGGGAGGAGGAGGAGGAAGAGGAGAAGGAGAAAAGGAAGAGGGAGCAGGAGCAGGAAAGGAAAUGGAAAGAAGAAGAAGAAGAAGAGGAGGAGAGGAGAAGGAAAGAAGAGCAGGAGAGAGGAGAACAGCAGCCGGUGUUGGAGGCUCAGCGAUCCUCCCAGCUGACCACGUAUCGAGCUCUGUACGCGUUUGUGGCCCGAAACACAGACGAGCUGAGCAUCGACGCCGACGGCCUGAUCGAGGUGAAUGAGCAGACCGUCGGUGAGCCUGGCUGGUUUUGCGGGAGUUACCAUGGAAACAGGGGCUGGUUUCCCCAGAGUUACGCGGAGAAAUGUCCGACCCCCUCCACGACCAACACGCCUGUCCCUCCUUCAACUGGAAAAUCGUCCUGUCCUCCGCCGCCACCACUUAACGCAAGAGUCCCAGACAAGAAGGCAGCAUGUGACAUCACCGUUCCUGCCCAAUCGGACGCGUCACAGUCCUCCGCCCCUCUGUUGGCUCGAGCCGUCUCCUCGUGGUCGGCCACCCCGGAGACGACGCUCAACCUCGCCUCCGGCGCCGGCGACGUCGCCGCCGCGAUGCUGAGCUUCUCCCAGGGCGACGUCAUCGGCGUGCUGCAGCAGCGGGAGGACUGGUGGUUGGGACAGCUCAACGGGACCCAGGGAUGGUUCCCGAAAAGCUAUGUCGCCGUGGAGACGGGCGGCUAUACAGAUGUGGAUGACACUGACUGUGUUCAGCUAGAAGAGUAUGUUGCUCUGUACACGUACGAGAGCCCAGAGGCGGGGGACCUGACGUUUGUUGAGGGAGACGUUGUCACGGUGACGGAGAGGGAAGGAGAAUGGUGGCGAGGAUGCAUCGGGGAUCAGACCGGGGUUUUCCCCUCUAACUACGUCCGACCCGUUGAACCAGAGGUGUCAAAACCUGGAGCUCCGAUCAAAAAGCCUGCUAUCUCUGUUUUGUCAACAGAGAUAGCCCAGGCAGUCACCACCACCACCACCGCCGCUGUUGCCCCGGCGAUGCAUCAGCUGCAUCUGUCUCCAGGGCAACUGAUUGUGGUCCUGGCCAAGAACUCCACUGGCUGGUGGCUCGGGGAACUGCAGGCUCGAGGCAAGAAGCGGCAGAGAGGCUGGUUUCAUUCCUCUCACGUCAAGCUCCUCGGCCCCUCCAGCAGCCGGCCCUCCCCCUCCCCUCUGCCAGUGUGCCAAGUUAUUGCGAUGUACGACUACGCGGCCGCCAAUCGGGACGAGCUGAGCUUCUCCAAGGGUCAGCUGAUCAGCAUCCUGGACAAGACCAACCCCGACUGGUGGAAAGCAGACAUCGACGGGGUCACGGGCCUGCUGCCCACCAAUUACAUCAAGAUGACCACAGACUCAGACCCCAGUCAGCAAUGGUGCGCCGACCUGAUGACGCUGGACACGAUGAGCCCUCAGGAGAGGAAGAGGCAGGGCUACAUCCACGAGGUCAUCCAGACCGAGGAGACCUACGUGGAAGACCUGGAGCUGGUCCUCGAGGUCUUCUACCGGCCCAUGUCCGAGUCGGGCCGGCUAACGGAGGCUGAGAUGGGAGUGAUCUUUGUUAACUGGAGGGAGCUGAUCGUGUGCAACACCAAAUUACUCAAAGCGCUGCGCGUCCGCAAGAAGACGGAAGGAGAGAACAUGCCGGUCCAGCUGAUCGGGGACCUGUUGGCUUCGGAGCUCGCCCACAUGCAGCCGUACAUCCGCUUCUGCUCCUGCCAGCUCAACGCCGCUGCCUUGCUGCAGAGCAGAACCCACAGCCAGCCCGACUUCAAAGACUUCCUCAAGAAGAUCGCCACUAACUACCGCUGCAAAGGAAUGCCACUGUCCAGCUUCCUCCUCAAGCCCAUGCAGAGGAUCACACGCUACCCCCUGCUCAUAAAGAACGCAAGUGGAAAAUAUUCUCUGUGUCGUCUCGUGACAAACACCCUCCUUUCCCCAUCUUUUCCUCCUGAUCUUCAUCGUGUGCACCUUCAGAUCCUGGAGCACACCCCGGACUGCCACGCGGACCGCAGCCCGCUGAGGGAAGCUCUGCAGCGGGCCGAGGAGCUGUGCUCCCAGGUCAACGAGGGGGUCCGGGAGAAGGAGAACUCUGACCGGCUGGAGUGGACGCAGGGCCACGUGCAGUGUGACGGACCCAUCGAGCACUUGGUCUUCAACUCGCUGACUAAUUGCCUCGGGCCUCGCAGGCUCCUCCACAGCGGUCGGCUUCACAAAACCAAAAGCAGCAGGGAGCUGUGGGCUUUCCUCUUCAACGAUUUCCUCCUCCUCACACACAGCGCCAAACCCUUCUCCUCUUCAGGACCAGACAAGCUAUUCGGCCUCAAGACCAACAUCCAGCUGAAGAUGUACAAAACGCCGCUGUUUCUAAACGAGGUGUUGGUCAAAAUGCCGGCGGACCCGUCCAGCGACGAGCCGAUCUUCCACGUCUCGCACAUCGAUCGCGUCUACACGCUCAAAACCGAGACCUUGAACGAGAGGACAACGUGGGUCCAGAAGAUCAAAGCGGCAUCGGAACAAUUCAUAGAGACGGAGAAGAAGAAGAGAGAGAAGGCGUACCAAGCUCGCUCCCUGAAGACCAGCGGCAUCGGCCGCCUGCUGGUGACCGUCACCGAAGCCCAGGAGCUGAAAGCCUGUAAACCCAACGGUAAGAGCAACCCGUACUGCGAGCUGACCAUGGGGGCCCAGUGCUACACCUCCCGGCCCAUCGGCGACACUCUGAACCCAAAGUGGAACUUCAACUGCCAGUUCUUCAUCAAAGACCUCUACCAGGACAUCCUGUGUAUCACUGUGUUCGAGAAGGACCAGUUCUCACCCGACGAUUUCCUGGGUCGUACGGAGGUUCCCGUGGCAACCAUAAAGAAAGAGAUGGAGAGCAAAGGUGCAGCGAAUCGUCGCCUACUGCUGCACGAAGUCUCCACUGGAGAGGUUUGGGUCAAGCUCGACCUGCAGCUCUACGAGCCGAUCAAGUGAGGACGACGCACGGCCAAAACACUCCCUCGGGCAUUCGCACCACUCCUUUUCUUUUUUAGAGUACCGUAUUUUUUGCACUAUAGGGCGCACUAGAUUAUAAGGCGCACUGUCAAUGAAUGGUCUAUUUUCGAUCUUUUUUCAUAUAUAAAGCGCACCGGACUAUAAGGCGCAUUAAGCGGAAAAAAAAGCUGGAUCUUCUUUUCAGUGAUCUUGUUUUUGCAGUAUGCGCAGAAAAUGACCAACUUUUCUUCGUAAUCUUUUGGCAGUUGCUGCGAGACGGUAGUUCGUGUGCGGAUAGAGAGAUUACGUCUUUUCAUAAAACGAAAGCACCAAGAAGGACCGCCUCGAAAGUCAUUGAUAUUCAUGUCCCGUGCUCACGCUGUUGCCUUCAGUCGAAUAGAGACUGUAGAGACGCUUCUACCUGCUGCUCUCUGUUCAAUAACCCACUGUUCAAUUUUGUCCUCUAACUGUGGCCAUCUCGCUUUGUUCCUGCGGAAACUCUGUGUGGUCUUCUUUACUUGGCGCAGGUCAUCUUCUUGCUUCCUCCACUUCCGUACCAUUGAUUCAUUGAUGUUGAAUUCUCUCGCAGCUGCUCUAUUCCCAUGUUCUACUGCGUGACUGAUAGCCUUGAGUUUGAAGUCCGCGUCGUAAGCGUGUCUUUUGACAGGUGCCAUUUUGGGAUCCUUAUACACACACUGUAAUAUUAUGGUGAAGCACAGUAUGUAUUACUCCGCGACGCUCCUGGCUACGGUAGCCGUAAUGCUGCAAGCGGUGCGGCUUUGUAGUUUACCAAAGUCGUACUAAAACAUUUUGACUUAGCGCCGUGAGCGCCUUGUACCACACAAAAUCGCUUAGAGGUCAGUAAGCAAAACCAGAAUUAAUCCAUAUAUACGGCGCUUCGGAUUAUAAAGCGCACUGUCGUUUUUUGAGAAAAUUAAAGGCUUUAAAGUGCGCCCUUUAGUGCAAAAAAUACGGUAAUGAAGAGAAGACAUUUUGCAUAACGGCUGCACACAUCUAGAAGUGCCUACCUGUAGCUGUGCCUUGAACAACUCUUGAUUUUACUGCCUUUUUUUGCCUCGAGUCCCCUAAACUCAUCGAAGUGACCUUGCCAAAAAUGGAGAACGACAAACCGAUGGAGUAGAAACGUAUUGUGGAAAAAGGGUGGUCUUGUUCCCAACAAACCAGCUAAAAUAAAUAAGAUUAAAAUUGGCCGCAGUCGCGAUAUAGUUGAGUUUUUACAAAUAUGUACAGUAUCCUAUUUUACCCUUCAUGGAGGAAAACCACCUUGUCCAACAUGUCCUCUUUGUUCAUAGGAAGACGUGUGUCCUGUUAUGCCAUCAUUUAAAAAAUGCUGCACACUACUGUUCAAUGUGAUGUCAAAUGUACUGAAAAUGGCGUAAAUAAAAUGGACAUACAGUAAAA